AUGCCUCUCACGGCGUACGUGUCUGAGCACUUUCCGUGGGCAGGCAAGUUGUCACCUCCCACUCUGUACGCCAACUACAGCACCUUUUCCAAUGCCGAACUGGCGCUCAAGCGCGCCCUGUAUACGAGCGCGACGCUGCCUUACGGCAACUCGUACCGAGUCGACAACACCAACAACGCGCAAAUUGCCCGCGCGCUGCUGCAUCUCGGGCAGCCACCGAUGUCAGUCACCACGUGCUCGAGCUCGAUAUUGCCGGGUCUUCCGGGCCUCAUCUUUUACACGGAUCGUAUCAUCGAGAUGCUUUGCAACGCGGUCUCGGCGUCCAAUGCAAGUGCCGUCGACUGGUCCACCCAGGGCUCGUGUUUUCGGUCUGAGUUUUUGUCCUUCUCGUUGGGCCAUUCGUGCGUGUGGCUCGUCCCGGGCAAUGCAGUUGAGAAAAAUAACACCGAUGCGUCGGCCAUGACCGUGUACUUUGUGUACAACGAGUCUCGGUUCGCGGUGUGGGUCUGGCUGAAAUUUGGCUACCGCAUUCUCUCGACACUUUUUGUCUGGUAUCGGCUCUGGACGCAGUACUACAAGCACGUUCUCGACCUCGAGCGCUGCUUGCGAACACGAGGGCACCGCGACAUGCUGCCUCGUGGGGAUGCUUGGUCGUAUGAACUCGUGCUCGGGGACCCCACUGCGAUCGUACUCAUGGACCCGUGGGUGGCGACCUUGUAUUUUUUCGACAUUUGGCUCAGCGUCACCAACCUCUCAGUUGCAAUCUUGCAAGUCGGGCAGUCGGGCAGCACAGAGCACCUCGUGCGGAGUGUCUGGUACCUCUCCCGCACGGUACAAUUUCCUCCAUUAUGCCACGUAUAA